AUGGAAGCCUCGCGAGAGGAGCGGCAGCAAAUGCGGCAACGUGGAGCUGCGACGCGGAAAGCAAGAGAAGUCAAUUUUGGGUUUUCAUUUGGUAGCCCAGAGCUUGGAUUACCAGCGCCCGCACCGAUUGCGACUGUCCCUAGAGCUCAGAAUCCACCGCGAACACAGACCGCGCCGAACACAACACCACGACAGUUAAAGGUAUCGCAACCAGAAACGCAAGCCCGGGGGAUUGAGCGCACACCGGGAAGUGCGCGCAACAAGCUCCCAGAAAGGCCCUCGACAUAUGAAAUACCCUCCUCCGACGAUAGAUCUAAACAAACACGAAGUAACAAGAGGAGAAAGAUCAGUCCUACUAAUGGAACAGACGAUACCCCUUCUCGUCGGAACGGUGGGCGAACUGCGAAUGGCGAUUCACCCCCUGUUGAUAACAGUGCAGGUAGCACAAAGUCUCAAACAAGCGACGCCCAUGAACCUCCCAAUACAUAUGCACCUCCUCCGUCAGAAACAAGGAACAAUCAAUCCCCACGGCCUCACAUCUCACCCACUGCGGCGACCUCAGUCGAAGAUCAGUAUCCGAUAGAAGUGGGGACCAAUGGCAUGGAACCAACAACAUCAGCCACUGAAGAGCAAUUAACCCAAGGCACAUCUCCAGUGUCUAGCCCUACGCUACCUGAAGUAGCCGAAGAACCACAAGCAUCGCUUUCAUCACCUGAAGCUCAGGCCGGGGCCAAUCAGUCUGAAAACACAGAGCUACUACACGAGAAACGACAUAACACUCGGUCACCACCACGGCCUGAGGAGCGCAUCCAAAGAAACAAGGAAAAUAAACUGGCUACCUCGCAAACCGCUUCUUCAGUUGCUCAGAAAGAUAAAUCUGCCACAAAAUCCUUAUCACCACGUGGUAGCUCUGCCGAGGCUGUUAAAGAUAGCCAUGCACCGACUACUGAUGAUGGUGUCGAGAUGACUGAGGAUGUUCCGCCAUCCAAAAAACAUGUACCAGAGCAAGACAACCAGGCAUCUCAAGACCCUUCUACGAAGACGAAAAAUCCCCGGGGUCGCCCGCGGCAUCAAUCCACCGCGCAGAACACACCGGAACUGCAGGUGGAAGAUGCUAUUCAAGAACCUACAACCGAGGCGCAAGAUAAGCCCACGGCAGCCCAGGUUGAGGGAGUCCCAAAGACCAAACGGCCUCGUGGGAGACCUUCGCUUAACAAGAAGACCAUUGAAGCUAUCGAGACUGAGAAUGUUUCACCUCGGCCUAUUGCAGAUGUUGCAGAAUCUUCCUCGGGGCCACGCCGGGGUCACAAGCCAACAUCACAAAAGGAUGAUCAGCCGGAAACUGUGGUGGAAUCUGCUGUGUCCAAGCCACAACGUGGUAGACCUGGGAAGAAAGCAAAACACGCAGUGGAGCUUGAACCCGAGACUGAGCCUGUAACAGCAGACCAGGCAGAACCGGAGAUGGAAUCUGCUGUGCCCAAGCCACAACGUGGCAGACCUGCCAAAAAAGCCAAACGCGCAGCAGAAACUGUCCCCGAACCCGAGCCGGAACCUGCAACAACAGACCAGCCAGAGCCAGAACCUGCGGUACCCAAGUCUCGUGGCAGACCCGGGAAAAAGACCAAACACGCAGCCGAACCUGAGCCCGAGCCCGAGCCUAUUACAGAAGACCAGCCGGAACCUGAAUCCGAAUCUGCAGUACCCAAGACCCAACGUGGCAGGCCCGGAAAGAUGGCCAGUCGCGCGAUGGAGCCAGAGCCCGAGCCCGAGCCUGUCACAGAAGACCAGCCGGAACCCGAAGCGGAAUCUGCAGCACCCAAGUCACAGCGCGGCAGACCUGGGAAGAAGCUUAAGCGCGCAGUGGAGCCCGAGCCUGAACACGAGACAGAAUACCAACCUGAGGCUGAGCCUGUACAAGAACAGCCUCGUCGCAAGACUCGAGAGCCUCGUGGAGAAACAGUCCCGGUCACUGUUUACCGUCUCGCCAAUAUCAAUUCUCUGGGUGGUACAGCAUCCACGGCCGACGGAUCUGGAGACGAAGAAUCCGCCGAUGAACUCACCACCCACCAGAAGGCUAAGAUACCCAACCGCGGCGGUGUCAACCCGGCUGAUGUAUUGAGCCAGAUCUGCCGCGAGACUCUGGAGAAGACACUCAAUACACUCAAGGAUGGAAUCGCCAACGAGGCGAACGCUACCCGACGUGCAGAGUGGUCUCGCAAGAGAAAAGCGGUCGAGAUAUUUGGCUCGGAGCUUGAUAGCCGCCUCAUGGACCUAAGCGGGAUGCUCGAUAGCAACUUUGUCCUUGGCGUGCAAUUGAAGAAGACUAAACGGGAGAUGAUGGAUCUACGGAAUCAUCUAUACCGAGUCCGCCGAGAACGGGAGAACAUAGCUUUGCAGAUGGAUGCUGUGCGCAGUAGACACAUCGAAGAGGAGAAGGCCAAAUCGUCACGAUCCACGAUCAGUAAUUCCCUUCACAGCCUUGAAUUGGCCCUCGACCGUAACAAGCAACGUUCUGCUUCUGCGGCGGACUCUUCUACAGAUCUUGAAUAUAUGCUUCGCACCGUUGCCAACGUGAGUUCCCGAGCACCUGGGGCACAAGGCGGUCUCCUGAACCAAAUCCGGGCGUUCAACGCACAGCUCGAGGCUACUGUUGGUCGCCUGGAGCGAUGA